ACACACACACACACAUUGUGGCCAGAAAAUCAUUUUGCUCGCUUCUGAAUUGAAUAAUUUUUGCAUUUUUUUUCUUCUUCUUUGGUUUAUCAAAAAUGUCGAAUAAUUUUUCCGAUGAAAAUGGUCAUAUACCAUUAAACAAAUCUCGUUCAACAUCAUCAUCAUCAUCAUCGUCAUCGGGAUCAUCAACAUCGGGAUCAUCAACACCAUCAUUAUCAUCAACAUUUAUACCGGCAUCAGUAACCUGGCAUAAUGUUAAUGUUUGGGCAAAACCACCGAUGAGUUUUAUGGAUGCUAUUGCAUUCAAAACAUUACCACAUGGUACACAGAUUAUUAAAAAUGUUUCAGGUAAAAUUAAAGCCGGAUCAACAUUGGCCAUUAUGGGUGCAAGUGGAUCCGGUAAAACAACCUUAUUGAAUGUAUUGAAUUGUCGAAAUUUAUCAAAUUUUCAUGUUGAUGGUGUUAUACGUAUAAAUGAUCGUUUAGCUGAUAUUGAUAUGAUUACAUCAAUGUCCGCUUAUGUACAACAAGAAGAUAUGUUUCUACCAACAUUAACCGUUCGUGAACAUUUAGUAUUUCAGGCAAUGGUUCGCAUUCCAUCAUCAGUAUCGGAAGAUACAAAAAUUGCACGUAUCGAUCAAGUUAUGCAAGAAUUAGGUCUGGAUAAAUGUGCCGAUACACGUGUUGGUGGUAGUCGUUUUUUUAAAGGUAUUUCUGGUGGUGAACUUAAACGUUUAUCAUUUGCAGCUGAAGUUCUUACUAAUCCAUCGAUUAUGUUUUGUGAUGAACCAACAUCCGGAUUGGAUUCAUUUAUGGCUGCAAAUCUUGUAUCGAUUAUUAAUAAAAUGGCACAAUUGGGACGUACAAUUAUCUGUACAAUUCAUCAACCAUCAUCCGAAACAUUUCAAAUGUUUCAAAAUCUUUUACUAUUAGCUGAUGGACGUGUUGCUUAUUUUGGUGAAAUAAAAUCUGCAAUACAACAUUUUGCUACUAUUGGUCAUCAAUGUCCAGAGAAUUAUAAUCCGGCUGAUUUUUUCGUACAUGAAUUAGCCGUUGUACCCGGUAAAGAAAUGGAAUGUCGUAAAAAAAUUAAUCGUAUUUGUGAUUAUUUUGAACGUUCAAUACGUGAUCGACAAAAUUCUGAUUCAUUACAUUCAUUGGGUAGUAGUACAUUUUCAUCACAAUUACGUAGACAAAAACGACAAUCAAGAUAUAAAACAAAUCGUUGGCAACAAUAUAUGGCAUUAACAUGGCGUUCACAUUUAACUGUUAUACGUGAGCCAGCACUUACCUAUGUAAGAUUAUCACAAGCAUUGAUGAAUUCAAUCAUAUUGGGAUUAAUAUUUUUUUCACAAAAUUAUGAUCAACGUGGUGUUUGGAAUAUAAAUGGUGCAUUAUUUUUAUUAAUUGUUAAUAUGACAAUGCAAAAUGCAUUUGCUGUUAUUAAUGUAUUCUGUUCCGAAUUACCAAUAUUCAUACGUGAACAUAAUAAUGGAAUGUAUACUGUUGAUGCAUAUUUUGUAUGUAAAAAUUUGGCCGAAAUUCCAAUAUUUGUCUGCAUACCGAUAAUAUUUGUUACAAUUUAUUAUUAUACAUUGAAUCUAUAUCCAUCAUUUGAUUCAUAUUUAUAUUGUAUGCUUAUUGCUGUCAUUAUAUCGGCAUGUGGUGUUUCAUUUGGUUAUCUUAUAUCAUGUUUAUGUCGUAAUACUGAUGUUGCAUUAUCAUUUGGACCACCAUUAAUUAUGCCAUUUCAAUUAUUGGGUGGUUUUUUUCUCAAUACACAUUCAAUACCAAAAUUUUUACGUUGGACAAAAUGGAUAUCAUGGUUUUAUUAUGGAUUCGAUGCAUUAGCCGUUAAUCAAUGGCGUAAUGUUGAAAUUUUAGAUUGUGUUGAUAUUUCAAAUUCCGAAACAAUUGCUACAACAACAACAGCAGCAUCAAAUCUUCAUUCAUUUAAUAAUGAUACACAUAAUUUAAAACCAAAACAACAACAAAUGUGUUUUGAAACUGGUCAAGAUGUAUUACAUUUUUUGGCACUUGGCAUACAACCAGAAUGGCUGAAUUUUUUUGGUAUUUUAUCGUUAAUGUUUUUAUUACGUUUUAUUGCCUAUUUAACUUUAUUGUUUAUUGCAAGAAAUCGUUGA